UAUCCACUGCCGAACGGGAGGCUUGGGACAUGGUUGGUCUUCUUCCAGCUUAUGAAACCUUCAGACUCAGUGAAUUACACUUUUGAAGUGUCCUUAAACCAGAUUGCAGAUGCCGUGGGGUCAAUGCUCGGACUGCAGAUGGAAAAAAUUGGAAAUGAUAAGAGAUGGUGGUCACCCAUCUGGACAGAAGAAAUUGUGUUGAAGGUGAAACCGAGGAUCUAAACAGAAAAUAUCUUUCUUCUUUGUGGGUGUCGCCUUCUACCCUCGUGGACACCAGUGAGAGCUAAAGCGUUUCCACCACUGCUCUUCUCCUGAAAGGAUAACAGUGGUGUUCAGUCUACACUGGGUCAUGCUGUGUGGCUGACUUCUAUGCUGUAGCUGAAAUGAGGUUGGUGAUUUUGGGGUCGCGGCCCCUCUUGGCCUUGACCCUCAUGCUCACCCUCACCUGCCUAAAGCAUCUGUGCCAUGGUGCGACGCCCUUUCCUCAGGACCUGGAGCCCAUCAGCACUGUUGGUAGUGAACACACCUACCUGUACCCCAGUUUCCAGGGGAACGUGUCAGAUAACGACACCGCCAGACUGGGGCUGGAUUUUCAGAGGAUGCUGCGGAUUAACCACAUGGUCUACAUUGCUGCAAGAGAUCACGUUUUUGCCAUUAACCUCAGCGCUUCAGCGGAGCGUAUCGUUCCCCAACAGAAACUGACAUGGAAGACAAAGGAUGUGGAGAAAUGCACAGUCAGGGGGAAAAACAGCGAUGAGUGUUACAACUACAUCAAAGUGCUGGUGCCACGUAACGAUGAAACUCUCUUUGCAUGUGGAACCAAUGCGUUCAACCCCACCUGUCGCAACUACAAGAUGUCAUCUCUGGAGCAGGACGGAGAGGAGGUGGUCGGUCAAGCCCGUUGCCCUUUCGAAUCACGCCAGUCUAACGUCGGCCUGUUUGCCGGCGGUGACUUUUAUUCAGCCACAAUGACAGAUUUUCUAGCAAGUGAUUCAGUGAUUUACCGAAGUUUAGGAGAAAGCAGUCCUGUUCUGCGUACCGUAAAAUACGACUCAAAAUGGCUAAGAGAGCCUCAUUUCCUUCAUGCCAUUGAGUAUGGAAACUACGUCUACUUCUUUCUCAGUGAGAUCGCAGUAGAGUACACCACCCUUGGCAAGGUGGUGUUCUCUCGAGUCGCUCGCGUGUGUAAGAAUGAUAACGGUGGUUCUCCGCGGGUUCUAGAGCGGUACUGGACUUCUUUCCUGAAAGCGCGAUUGAACUGUUCAGUUCCAGGUGAUUCGUUCUUCUACUUUGACGUUCUUCAGUCAUUAACCAACGUCAUGCAGAUCAACCACAGGCCUGCGGUGCUAGGUGUCUUUACCACUCAAGCCAACAGCAUCACCGGUUCUGCUGUAUGUGCAUUCUACAUGGAUGACAUAGAGAAAGUGUUUAAUGGGAAGUUUAAGGAGCAGCGAAACAGCGAGUCAGCCUGGACGCCAGUUCCUGAUGAAGUGGUGCCCAAACCCCGGCCGGGAUCCUGUGCUGGUGAUGGCCCUGCUGCUGGCUAUAAGUCCUCCACAAAUUUCCCUGAUGAGACUCUUACAUUCAUUAAGUCUUAUCCACUAAUGGACGAGGCCGUACCGUCUGUCAACAACCGACCCUGCUUCACACGAACCACCAGCCGGUUCAAGCUGACCCAGAUCGCGGUGGACACGGCAGCUGGCCCGUAUAAGAACUACACCGUUUUGUUUCUGGGUUCAGAGAACGGACGAGUCCUGAAAAUUCUCGCCAGCACACACCCAAACUCCACCUACAGCACGCAGGUUUUGGAGGACAUAGAUGUUUACAACCCCAACAAAUGUAAUGUGCGUGGUGAGGACCGUAGGAUUCUGGGAUUGGAGUUGGACAAGGACCAUCAUGCCCUGUUUGUGGCAUUCUCAAGUUGCGUGAUCCGUGUUCCUCUCAGUCGCUGUUCUGACUACAGCAACUGCAAAAAGAGCUGUCUGUCCUCGCGAGACCCCUACUGCAUCUGGCUGAGUGCGGGGAACUGUGCCACAGUGGCGCCGGGAUUCAAGUCUGGAUUUGAACAGUAUGUGGAGAGUGGAUAUCCUCAGUACCCAGACAGCUGUCAUGAUGUCUUGGCCACAACUCGCAAGCAGAACCCUGCGGUGGACUCUGCGUACGGGAAGACCUCACCCACAAGCGCCAGCACAACCAAUCAGGGGCCAGCUCUGCCUAAAGUCAAUGGUGUCUCUGAGACAGGUACCCACCCCGAGGAGGGGAGGCAGGGAGGGCAGGGUUCUCCUGACUUGGAGCCAGGCAGUGUGGAGAUGGAGGGAGUGCGCCGGCCCCCUGAGGUAGAUAAGUCCAACCACAGUGUUCACUACACACUGCUCAUUGCUUGUGUCCUGGUGGCGUUUGUCCUGGGAGCUUUCCUCUCCGGAUUCCUCGUUUCCUGUUACUGCAACCACAACGUUAACAAGACCAAGAGGCUGUCGAAAGAUCCAGAAGCACCGAUCCCACAUGCUCUAUCCCUGCGCAGCCUAGCCAAGCUAAACGGCCUGCUAGAGAGCCAAAGCAAGGAUGAGAAGCUGGAGGUAUCCUCACCCAAACUCUACAACUCUUUCUUUGCUAAUGGAAAAGAGCAGGCGCAUCGCAGGAACGCCCACCAUGCUGCCAUGACAGAGCUCAUUCACCCACAUCAUCACCACUCUGCUGAGCUCUCCGGCCUUCCCACCCCUGAUUCGACACCAGAGCUCCCAAUCAAGAGUAUGAAGGCCUUCAAGAACCAAUGGGAGAAGAAUCAAAACUGCAAUAAUGCUAAAGAACCCAAGUCCCAUAACAUGGGAGCAUCUCGGCCAACCCCUGGGAUGCAGCAUCAGAUUUUCCCCUUCUCCCAAGGACUGACCAACGGACAGGUACUAGGUGGCUCGGCACACUUGGAGGAACGCAAAGUCCACAACGCCGAGCGUGUGGUAAGCCAGCCGUAUCACUGCUACCCACACAAGAUUGUGGACGUUACCUCACUUGACGAGCUUCUGAAACACAUUCACGAAAUCAACGUGGCCACGGGCAAGAGUCCUACUGUACUCACCUCUUCCAUGUCAGCUCAUGCCGGUCAGAUGGCGUUCGCAAAUCGCGUACAGCCACAUAUCCCAGAAACAGAGACUGCGCCAUACUACAGUUCCUCCACGCUUCCUCGGGACAGUCUCACUCGUCGCAUGGACGUUCCUCCGGAGAUUCCUCCUCAUCAUCAGUCCACCCUGGAGAGAGUGUCCCGUCACCAGUCACAACGCCACUCUUUGAUAACAACCCCCAAGAUGCCCAGCGGGGGAGUGGUGCCUCGGCAGCACAGCUUCAACCAGCGCAGCUCCCAUCAGCCCCUCCUGCUGUCCCGAAUGAACUCUAAUGGCAGCAGUUCAGGUUGUGAUGUACGGCACCCGCUCAUCCCUAACGGAUACCUAACUCGCCAGCAUAGCUACAGCGAUCAGCAGGAAGCCCACCGUGGAGCUAUUGUCCGUCGGACAGCUUCGCUCAAGCCUGACGUCCCACCCAAACCACUGUUCAUCCCUGCUAGCUCACCUGUCAACCAGGCAGGGAAGUUCAACUACUGAACAAUGGAGAAGAAAAGCCUGUGGUUUUUCGUAAAAGGCUACUCGACCUCUCAGAACUGAUUGUGGUCAAGAAAAAUUGAAAGACUGGACAAAAAACUUGCCUUCAUGGGAAAAAAUUGGCUGCCAGUGUUGUUGACUUUACAUUUGAACUAUGACCUGUUUUUCUCUGUUUCAUAAAGAUAUUUGUACCAUAUUGGUAUUGCUCAGCUAUUGGCCAUUACGAGGGGAGGAGUUACAAGAGUCCACCUAGAUUUAGGCUGCCACAGUGAUAAGUGUGUGGCUUUACGGUGUUACUUUGGACUGUCUAGACAGGUGUCACUCAUCCUAAACUCCGGACCUGAACUUUUAUCAGAACAAGUGUACACAUCUUGUUUGAUAUUCUGAUAUUUCUUGCUUUGGCUUAACUAUUCUGUUGAUGUAGAGUUGAUGAACUGUACUGAUCCCAAUUAGAAAUGUGUAUAUAUGCAUGUGUGUGUGCGUGUAUGUGUAUAUAUAUAUAUAUAUAUAUAAAUAUAUAUGUAUGUGUGUGCGUGUAUGUACAAAUACAUACCCAGUGUAUGUAUCUAGAUUACCGAAAUGGUUUAGCCCCCUCAACAAGUUCCUUUGCCUUAUUUUGAAAGCAGAUAUGCUGUAAAAUUCCCACACAACCUGAAGAGAUCUCUAUAAAAACCAUAAGCAAUAAUACCCACCCCAUCCUGUCCACUCCCGUGUAAUGCAGCUAGACAUCUCAAACUCAAUAAAUAAAGUUAAAAUUCAGAUGAUUAAAUGUGGCUAGAGAAACCGUUACAUCAAAAUACUCUGCACCCAGUGAGAUGAAUCGGCCUUAGUGUUAUGAAGGAGAUGUAUGUAUAAGAGGAAUGUAUUCUUUGUCUAUACGCUGCAGAUGUGUUCCAGUAUUUACCCUCCGUCUCCUCUGGUAAAAUCGGUUAAUCUGUAAAAGUGAAUCAAAAAUGUUUAAUCUUCUACAGUUCAUUGAACACUGUGUCCUAACCAGGUGGGAUAAAGUGAUUAAAGCUGUCUCCUGAGUCCAA